GGCAGACAUUUUUCGCGGGCAGAAUGCGACGGGCACAUUAAAGCUGGCACCAAGCUGACGGUGGCGAAUCCUGGGAUUCUGUGCUCCGCGCUGGAGGUUUUCGAAACAGUCUUAUUUCUCAACCUCGACUCUCUAGUGACGUCCUCUGGGGUUCCUGUGGGAUGUUUGGUUAUAGGGUUUGUUAUAUUUCGGUAAAUCCUUAUACCUCUGUGUAAUAUCGGUUUUAUUUCAAUCGAGUCUGCCUAAAUUUAAGUGCUUAAAUCCGGGUUUGCUUCCGGGCAACUGCACAAAGAGGCACUUGCUUUCAAGAAGAUCGCACUAAGCAAAGAAGACUACGCUUUGAGCCCUAGACUCUUCGUCAUUCAAGACACCAGAAAUGGACGACAGGUUAUGGCCAUGGCUGAACCUGAUGGUCCUUCUGAUCUUACUUGGAGAAGGAACCAAUGGGUACAACCUGAAUUUCACGAUGUGUGGGACGUGGCAUCACGACAGCGAUGCUCGAAGCCUGAGCCUGUCAUUGGACGUGAGGAGAGGCUGUGAGAACCUCACUGUGUCAGCCAAUGAGAGCACACUGUCUGUGCAGGGAUGGUUCACAGGUGUUUGUGAAAAUAUUAGCACUGUGUCCCUAACUGGGGGCUCCAAAGAGAGCCCAUUCUGCCUGUACUGGGACCCGCUCUUGGAUUUGCUGUGGCUGGACCUCAGAGGCCAGAGGCACUCCCUGUGUGGGCUGCCCACGCUUCGAGAAGACUGCUGCAGCAUCUCUCCUCAGGAUAACAGCAAUGCACCUGGACAUUACGGAAUUGCUAAAGGAUCUGUUAAAGGUGAUAUCAUACAAGAGCUUCUUCAGAAGUUUUACGUCUUCAAAGGCUGGCAAGAAAAUUGUGUGAAAAACUUUUGUGAAGAUACAAACACUAAUGUGCUCAAGAUCGAGCAUGUUGUGAUGAACUCAGGAAAGACAGGGAAGGUGGACCAGCAGUGCAUCCAGGGUUACGUGAGGGAAGUUCGUGAAGGUUUCCAAGGCCUGAACAUAAGCUCGAGUACUCCAAAAACGACUCCGUCUGUAUAUCUCCCGCCUUCACUGUUGCCCCCGGGGAAGAAGCAGGCGAAGGUCGUCUACACCUACUACAGUGAGGCGACCCACUUCCAGAAGGUAACUGCGAACCAGAAAGGGGCUGAUCUUGUGAAUGAGGUCGUGGGAAUCUCUGUGGAGAAUGAGGUCAUUGCCAACCUCCCUGAGCCAAUCAGAAUCAGCUUCUGGCACCAAAACAAAUCUGAAACCGGAUCCAAAAGGUGUGUUUUCUGGGACCCGAGGAAAGACUCUACAGUUCACUGGAGGGAUGAAGGAUGUAAAACACACAGGAGGUCGUCUGAGGAGACGGAGUGCAGCUGUGAUCAUCUCACAUACUUCGCCCUGUUGCUGGAAAUCGAGCAGCGUGACGUGAGUGACCUCGCGGCCCUGACAUGGAUCACAGCUCUGUGUUGCGCCAUUUCUAGCAUCAGUUGCUUCCUUCUCCUCAUCCUCCUCAACAUGCCGAGGAGAAAGAGCCAAGAACAAUCGACCCACAUCCACCGUAACCUGGUCAUAGCCGUGCUGCUACUGAACCUCCUCUUCCUCUUCACGGGCGUUGUGGCCAACCUGGACGCAGAAAAGCUCUGCCAAGUGUAUGGAGCGACCCUGCACUACGCCCUGCUCUGCACGUUCACCUGGAUGGCCAUUGAGGUCCUCAACACCUUCUGGCUCAUCUACAUGGUGCUGAAGCCCCAACCCAAACAGCUCCUGCUGAACGUGGUGGGCUUUGGUCUCCCAGUCAUUCCGAUCACUAUCCUGCUUCUGAACAACAUCUACGGCCUGAGACGGCUAAGUGAUGGCACAAACCAUUUUUAUAAAAUGUGCUGGAUUAGGGCAGAACAGGGUCUCCUCGUCCACUACAUCCUCAACGUGGGCUUCUUCGCGAUUAUCUUCACCUGCGGACUGCUUAUGUUGGCUCUGGUUGUCAUACGUAUCCGGGACAGACCAGAGUGGCAGAAGAACAAGGUCACCUUCCUCAGCAUCUGGGGCCUCAGCCUCCUCUUCGGUUCUUCUUGGGGCCUGGGCUUCCUAGGAUUCGGAGCCUUCCUCAGGGUUAUUCAGUUCCUCUUCUGCAUCAACGCCCUGCAGGGGUUCUUUCUCUUGGUGCGGUUUUGGGUGCUGGACCGUAUACGAAAGAAGGACUCGCUCUCCUAUAGAUUCAGCACCACUUCCACAGGACAGCCAAUGAUGGAGCAGAGUAGGAAGUGAGAAUCAGCGCGGCACCUUCAAAGUUCUAUGUCUCAGCAGAUAAUCUUGGCUGGAAGGUUAUCUGAGGCCUUUCACCACCAGGACAGACGACAGUGCGCCUUGUGGGUGGCACUGAUAGGUCCAAACUUCUGUGAAAUAGCGACUUGUUAAGUUGGACUCUGUAUCCGCUAUUAUUGUGGAAUCGUGCUGCCUACUGUAAACCAGUCAAGCUACAUGGCACUUUAGUCCCUCGUCUGAGGCAUUAUGACAUUCCGGAACGUCAGGACAGUACAAUAUAUAUUUCAGAAAGGGCAAAACUAAAUGUUUAUUUUUGUAAUGUUUUUUUGUCUAUUCCUAUUUCUCAAGCAGAAAAAACACAUUUUGGAUCUAAUUUAUGUGUAGGCGGUUUAAUAAGCUGAAAAACUAUUACCAUGUACCAUUAACCAUUCCAGUAUGUAAAUAUUUUCAUGUAGAUUUUGUUUCUCUUUCGUUAUGUAAUGAGUAAUAUAGUAUAGUAAUAUAUAUUCUUCGGUUUUCCCCCUUUGCAACAGUAAAGAUUGAGCUAUAGAAGUGAUUGUGCUCCCUUAAGGUCAGUGCUGUUGGACCAUGUCAUGAAAUAUGCAUCAUAUAUAUCUUUGCAUUUCUCUGAUAAAAAUCAGUAUCUCAGUAUGAUCAUCCAUUGUAUUAAUUAUUCUUACAUGUUGCUUUCAGCUAACUUCAUAUAGCUACAUUAAAAUAUAUUUUUAUAUUUGGCAGUAAAAUUUGUUUCAUGGCCUGAUGUCACAGGAUUGCUGGAUGAAUUUUUUCAUCAAAUAAAUGCUGAUUAAAGAUC